AAAAGCAAAUCAGUCGUGUGUUGGAAUUUGGAGAGAUCGGUCAUUUUGUUUGUGUGUUAAAUACUGUUCUAUGAUGAUUUAUAACGAGUUUUAUGUGUUUGGUGAUAGAAACCGGCAAGUGCCGGUACAUUUGAAUUUUGGUAAAUAUAUUUUAGAUCGACUGCGACAAAUGGGAGACAAAGUGGCACUAAUAAAUGCAACAACUGGAGAAGAAUUGACUUACAGAAGGUUUGCUCAGUAUUCUGUCAACCUGGCUACUUCCCUGACAGAGUUAGGGAUUAGAAAAGGAGAUGUCGUCGCGAUAGGUUCAGAAGAACGCAACAUGUUCGUGCCAACUGUUCUAAGUAUUUUUUUAACUGGAGCUAUGUGCGUUCCUUAUGACUUGAGUAACGGAAAAGCUAUACUUCGAAAAAAAAUGUCAGUAGCAAAGCCGACUUACUUUAUAACUUCUAAACUCUUCUGGGAUGAAUAUCAAGAAGUAAUCACGUCUUGUGAUACUAUAAAAUCUUAUAUUACUUUGGACGAUAGCCCACAAAAUGCAAUCUCAAUACAAUCGUUGUUAUCAAAGGAUGUUGAUAUUGAUCGAUAUGAACCAGCAAAAGUUCUUGGACAAGUGGACACGGCGUAUAUAUUAUAUUCUUCCGGUACGACGGGUUUGCCUAAAGGCAUACGAAUUACACACCUGAAUUGUAUCGUGAAUAGUUUGCCUGAUAAUUUCUUAGAUCAUAGAAUCGAAACAGCCUUUAUGUUUGGAAAAUGGUAUCACAAUUACGAUAACUUCUUUUUUUACAAAUAUCUAUCUACUGGAAAGAAAGUGAUUUAUGUUAAAGAUAUACAACUGCCCAACAUUUUAAAAUGUAUAGAAAAGUAUCAGGUGAAUAUAGCAAUGUUUCUGCCAUUUACGAUUAAUCUUCUAGUCAAAGAAGAAAACUUAGAAAAGUUCAAUUUAGAUUCGUUAAAGUAUAUAUACUCACGGGCAUCACUUCUUCAUAAAAAGACUAUCGAAAAAGUUAAGCAAAGAUUGCCUAAACUUCAACACGUUUUACAAGGUUACGGAAUGUCAGAAUGUGGGGAACCUGCAUCAGAUAUUUGGGCAAACAAUGGUCCUCGGCCAGGAAGUAUUGGAAUGGCCGCUCCUGGUGUUGUUUUUAAGAUUGUUGACUUGGAAACCAAUGUAAAUCUAGGCCCAAAUCAACUCGGAGAAAUCACAGUGACGGGCCCAAUGUUCAUGAAGGAAUACAUAGACGUUGAUCCGUCUUCUUAUUUAGAUGAGGAAGGAUUUUUCAAAACAGGAGACGUGGGAUACUACGAUGAAGACAAAUAUAUGUAUAUUGUUGAUAGAAAACACGAAGUUAUAAUUCAUAAAAGCCAUAAGAUUGCACCUCUAGAGUUGGAAAUUCUCUUGGAAAUGCAUGAAAAGGUUCUCGAAGUCGCCGUUGUCGGGAAACCUCAUCCUGAUUUCGGAGAACUUCCCACAGCCUUUGUUGUUUCGAAGCCAGGCUCAAAUGCAACGGAGGAAGAGUUAGUCAAUUACAUCGCUGUACAGGCGCCUUCAUAUAUGCACUUGUACGGAGGGGUCAAGUUUAUUGAUAAAUUGCCUAGGAGCGACAGAGGAAAGGUUCUACGUCGGCAAUUGAGGGAAAUGUUACAGGAAUAACUAUAAAUUUUUAAACUUUAAAAAAUUAAGUUUUUAAUAGAAAAUACUACUAAAAAUUAUUAUUUAUUUCGUGAAAUACACAGUUUAUACUAACAAUUUGUAGAUCAGCUGUUUUUGUAUUCAUAUCUAUACUAAUAUUAUAAAGCUGAAGAGUU